ACUUGCUCAAUCCGUAAGCUCCGCCCCUUUUGUGCUCGACUCUGGUGCGGCACACGGACUGUCAAGUCACUGCGUAACUUUGCUCAAUAGCUGGAUUUUACAUCACUUUUGGAGUACAACAACUUACUUUUCUGAUGUGUAACGUUAUCGGACCAGUCUUGGAUGAGAUGGAGGUUUAGGAGGGCUCAUUGUCGUUGUAAAGAGUAACGUUAAGGUUUGGGUUAUAUUUGGUGUUUGAUGGCUGCUGGGGAUGGAGCCCAGCUGCCGGCGACCGUAGCGGCCAGCAGGAGCGUGGAGAAGGCGCUGGAAGAGGCUGCGUCCAGCGGAGCGCUCAUCCUCUCCAACCGUAAACUAAAAGAGUUCCCCCGCACCGCCAAGAACUAUGACCUGUCCGACAUUACACACGCAGACCUGUCAAAGAACCGUCUCUGUGAGGUGUCAGAGGAGGUGUGUCAGUUUGUCUCUCUGGAGACACUCAGCCUGUACCAUAACUGUGUGCGAUCCCUCACGCCCAGCCUGUGCCAGCUGCAAGCCCUCACCUACCUCAACCUCAGUCGUAACCAGUUGUCCAGUCUACCGCCGUCAGUAUGUCAGCUCCCUCUCCUGCGGGUGCUCAUCGUCAGCAACAACAAGUUAUCAGCCAUACCGGCCUCCAUUCACACACUCCUACACCUGCGACAACUGGAUGUGAGUUGUAAUGAGCUGCAGUCACUUCCUGUUGAGCUCGGCCAGUUAGAAUGUUUAAGGGAUUUAAAUCUGAGAAGGAACCACCUCACAACUUUACCAGAAGAGCUGUCAGAGCUGCCCCUUGUCCGUUUGGAUGUGUCGUGCAACCGCGUAUCUCAGGUGCCCGUGUGCUACCGUCAUCUCCGGCACCUCCAAAGCAUCAUCCUUGACAACAACCCCCUCCAAAUGCCCCCUGCCCAGAUCUGCUCCAAAGGAAAGUUCCACAUCUUUAAAUAUCUGAACAUGGAGGCCUGUAAAAGGACUCAGGAUCAGUUUGAGAAAGCUCUGCGGCCCACUGCCUUCAACAGCUGUCUGGAUCAGGACCUGUUCCCCGGUCAGUUCAGUGGCCUGGAUUCUGGCUUUAACAGCGUGGACAGCGUUAGCAAAAGAUGGUCAGGAAAUGAGUCUGCUGAUGAUUUCUCGGAACGGUCGCUGCGACUUGCGGACAUUUGCCGCGAACACAGAAAUUUUCAGGAGGAAGAGGAGAGAAAUACAUUGCUAGAUACACCCAAAGUGAAUGGAGACCUGGAGCAAGUGGAUUUUAUAGACAACAGUAUAACGGAGGAAGAAGAGGAGAGGUGUCACCCUCCGCUUACAGAGCCCCCUCAGGAAAAGAGUGAAAGCUCCAGCAGCACACACUCCCAGAGCCCCGAGUCUACAUGCAGCAGGAUAUUUACGAUUGGAGAUGGUUCAGACUCCGGCUCACCAUCCAGUCCUACUUUAGAGGAGAAAAGGAGACCUGGAAACCUGCUCAUCUGGCAGGAGAGAGAGAGAGCCCAACAGCAGAGAGACAGAGCUAACACUUUGCAGAAGAUAACUGUAAAAACAGGAAGUAACUCGGCGUCAACGACAAAGCAUGGAGGAACAGGAAGUGUUUCAGGUGGUGAUUCUGAUAGCAACUCUCCUCCCAAUGGCCUGAAACAGAGAUGCGCAAGUGCAGAUCAGGUUUCUCCGUCCUCUCAUUCGGGGUCUUUACAGCGCUCCAUCAGCCGCACAGAUGCGUCCUCUGUGAAGCCCGGUUCUCCUCCAGGUUCUGCUCCAAAACCCAACAGCUUCUUAUUCCGCACAUCCUCACGCUGCAACGUCAAGACAGGAUCAGGCAACAGUUUGGCGGAGUCUGGCCGCAGUGACUCCAGCUCCACACUCAGAUCCCCUCGAGAGGAGAGAACAGACGUCUUGCAACUGCGGAAAAUUCUAGAGUCGCGUCUGAAGAUUUCUGUGCCUGAGGAUCUGGGAGAGGCUUUGUCCAAUGGCACGAUUCUCUGCCAGUUGGCCAAUCACGUGCGACCUCGUUCUGUGUCAAUCAUCCACAUCCCCUCACCGGCAGUGCCAAAGCUGAGUGCUGCCAAGUGCCGCCUGAAUGUCGAAAACUUCAUUGCCGCAUGUCGUAGACUGGGAGUCCCCGAGAUGGAGUUGUGUUUAGCGCCUGAUAUCCUGUGCAGUAAGCUACCUGCGGUGCACCGCUGUGUGACGGCGCUCCUGGCAAUAGCAGGAGGAGAGGAGGAGGUGAACGAGGACAACAUUGGCACCUCUCCCUCUGUCUCUCCUUUUUCCACCGGCUUCCUGCUCUUCUACUCUCUCCUCAUGGCUUUGCUCUAUCUGUUCUACUGCCACCUUAUAGCAUAGUGUUAGCCAGUAUCAAUGUGUAAACGUAAUGGAUUUCAAAGUCCAUCAUCUCUGUACUGUGAACACUGUCACUGACAUAUAUAUCAGAGCAAAUUCCUUACCCAUAAGGCCUUUCAGCAUAAACAUUAUCCCCAUAGAUAUAUAAAUGGUUUGGAAAAUGAGGAUAGUUGUAAGACUUAAGAACUUAAUUUUUCUAUAAAUAGUAAAAUAUUGAAAUGUAUUGCAAAUUAUCAAGAUUUUUCCACACCAGAAAUGCUCAUAAACAGCUCAUCAAUGGCCACAUACCGAUGUGGAAUUUCUUUGUAUAUAGACGUGGUUUCCACUCAUGAAGGGCUUUUCCACCCGAUUGCCUUAGCAUCACUGGUGAUCCCAGGAUAGUUUAGACACCUUCUAGCGGUCUUUGUAAGGGAUCUUGUUAUCCUGAGAGUUUUAAAGCACUGGCACAAAUUCCCCAUCACUAUUAUUUUUCUCUUGAAGGGCUUUAAUAUGGCUUGUAUUUGCGCUGCACCGGUCCUCAUCUAAAGUGCCUGUAGGUUCCUUCUGUUCACACAGCAGUGCAAAUGAGUUUGUAGCAUCUGCUAAACAGUCUGUUUAACAGUGUGGUGAUGGUACUUCUCAGCUUAAUUCGGUUUAAUUCACACGUUGUUGAAAUCUGUCUGGGUCAGGGCUGAGUGGACGAUUUCACUUUCUUUUUCUUGUCUUGUUGACUGUGACCAUCAGAGGGCAGUGCUGUUACUAAACUGUUCCUUCAACACUUUUUGACGGUACAAGUAUGAUUCGAAGCUGUGCUAACUUGUUACUUUUUGGAAAGGUCGUUUUUUUUUUUUUUGAGAGAGCAUCUUAAUAUAAUUCUUAUAUACAAUGAGUUCAAGAUUAAGUUAUUGUCAGUUUAUUUAUGUUUUUCUAGGUUCUGCAGAAGCUGCAGUCUCACUGAGCACAUUUUUUGACUAAUUAAAUCGAACAGAUUAAUUGAGUAAUACAAUUCUGAUUAAGCUGCAUUUGUUCAUUUUGCAUUUGUGUUACUGCUCAUGGAAGCACAGUGUAGAUAUGCAGACAUUACCAAAUUACAACUUAUAAAUAUUUUUUUUUAUUAAUGAUGAAAAGUCGUCCUUUUUGGUCUGCCGUCUCCUGAUUCUAAAUAGUCCUGUAAUGUGCCAUGAGCACCCAUCUUUUCCAUAUGCUGAUGUUGCUUUUGUAUUCCGUGCCUACUUAAUGUGAUUUAGGAGCUUUGCAGACAGUUUACUAAUGAGCAGCCUCUCAUCUGGAGAGAACGAUAGGAGAGAGAGAGAGAGACUGGAAAAUAAGGGUAUAUGAAGGGAUGUGCUAUAAUUAGUUACUAACGCAUCAUUCCUCACCCUACAAUCUCUUAAACAUAUUUUAAGGGAGUUUGUAAGUUGAUGAGGUUUUAUAAUAUUGAACAUUGUUGUCAAUGCUAAAGCGAACACUAAUUAGACAUUUGAUUUCAAAUGUCCACUCCGAUGGACUUACUUACAGUUGCUCAAGAGACCUCGGCCAUAUGAAUAAAGGACUGUGAUGUGCUACGUUCUACUGCUAAUUAUAUCGUACAUGCACUAGACUCAGUUUAGAGGGCCCUUGAUCUACAUGAAUGUUUCAGUCCAAAUGUUACCUAGUGGAAACUGUUGCAACACAAAAUGUAUUUUGUAAUAUUUAUGAAAUACUGUGUAUUUAAGAAGUGAAUACAUUUAUAUCUAUAUAAAGAAUUUUUUUUUUGUCUUUUAAAGAAAUUAUUAAAAAACUGAAACACUGA